AUGUCUUGGUAUUCGCAUUCAAAAUAUGAUUAUUUAUCAGAUGAAAACUCAGAAUAUAAUAGCGAUUCUGGGGACGAUUUGCCAAAUCUAACAAGAGAUAAGCAACGAGUCUUGCGAAAAUAUAAAUAUCUUAACCACUCUGAUUGCCCUAGAAAAGAAUGCCUUUAUGCCUCGGAAAAUGUUCAACCUGAAGGAUGGUUUGAAAUAUGGCAUGAAUCGAUACCUGAAAACCAGCGUACAUUUCAUGAGGUUAUUCGAAUAGGACAGCCACAAAAAAUUAAGAUUGAUAUGGAUGGUGAAUUGGAAAAAUUUGCAUCAUAUCCCGAUCCUUUAGAUAGAAUAGAAAAAGCUUUAGGACAAAAAUCAUUUGAUGGUUAUAUUGCUAAUACUCAUUUUCAUAUAUGGCAAAAAUCUACAGAUAUAAUGUGUAAAAAGGAUGAGAUUAGUUUGUAUAUCAAGAAUGCUCUCCGAAUUGCCAUAAAAGAGAUAA